AUGGGUACUAAUUUAGCUGUUGCAGAAGUGAAAAUUGGAAUGAAUUCUGUUUAUACUUGUGGACAUUUUUAUGAAUAUCUGUUACCUCAACCUGAUAUUUUGAAGACAAGAAUUGUUGCAUGGGCAUCAAUACAACGAUAUAUUCUUAUUUUUCAUCAUGGUUGGAUGUCUACACAAAAGAAAAAAAUUCUUUUACAUUAUAUACCUAUUACUACAAUUAUUAUCUAUGGAAUCAUUCUCUACAUGACUAUUGAUCUAUUUCUUUCAUGUGAUCGCUCAUAUUAUUCUACAAUAUUAUAUUGUGGUUUCUCUAGUUGUGCUUAUAAUAGUACAGCAUAUUCAAUAUUUGAGUUAAUCACUGGUGGAAUAACAAAUAUAAAAAUCAUUGCUAUAUGUAGUAUGAUUCUUAUAAUUCGUCUUAUAAAACAAAAGCAUCGAUUAAAUCAACAACUUAAUUGGCGUAAACAUCGUAAAAUGGCUAUUCAACUUCUAUCAAUCAUAUUAUUAUUUUAUAUAUUCUAUUUACCAAGUAUUAUAGUAGGAAUCAUUCUUAGUUGUGGUAUACCAUAUAGUUACCUAGAAAAUUUGUUGCCUUAUGGAGAAUUUUUCUCUUAUUAUAUAAAUUUUCUACUUCCGUUUGUUUGUGUAGGAACAUUACCUCGUCUUAAAAAGAAAAUCAAGAAUAUAUUAAGAAUUUGGCCAUGGCAAUACACAUGUUCAUGUUGAACCAAUUCAUCAAAAUAUCAAUCAUAACAGAAAUUGUUAACUAAUGAAGAUUUCAUCUUCAAUAAAUGAAGAAAUGAGAGAAAAAGAUUCGUAUUGAUGGUGUCUCGAUAUUUUUCUUUUAUAAAAUAAAUAAAACUAUAGUAUCGAUAUAGACAAAAAGAACCAUAUGAACGAAUCCUGAUAAACUGAGCUUAUUUUAUCUGUUGAUAAUGAAAAUUACAGUCAUUUGUUGUCUGUUUGAAAGCAAACAAAAGACAACAAACUGAUGUGCAGUAAAAUUCAUACUCAAUUAUGUAAAAAAAUUAAUUUCAAUAAAAGAAGAUAUAAUCAAAUAUCAGUGUCUCUAUCGGAAACUCUUUCAUAUAUUCAUGUGAUUUACCUUGAAUUCUAAAGAAAAUGUAGAAUAACCAUAAAAUAUUUGAACUUAAGGAUUGAUUGUAUAAUAAAUAGGCUAUUUAAAAAAAUCUUCUAUGCUUGUUUGUUUUACAAUAUAAGUAUUUGAAGAAAAACAAGCAUCAAUGAAAUGUUAUUAUCUAAAUAAUACUUUUUACCAUACAACAAGUUUAUAUUGAUUUAAAAGAAAAGUUCAUUUUUCAGAAUUCUUUUUAUUUUUAAUUCCUUGAUAAAAUCCAGUAUGAUAUCCAGCUAAAUACCAUGACAUCAAUGUAGAAGAUAGAGUAUCAUUAUCAUCAUUGGAAUUUAAUCAAUAUCGAUGUGUUUAUAUAUUUGUUUCAAAGACAGAUAACCAAAAUAAUGCUGCAAAUAAAUAUGAACCAUAAUUAAAUCAAGAGUAUAGGUAAAAUCAAAAUAAAGUAAAUUGAAAAUACAGCUGAAAGUCUGAUGAUGACAGGAUACUACAAAUCUGUUGAAAAUUUACUUGAAUAUUGAAAUUUAAAAAAAUUUUAGUUACAUUUUCGACUUAUUUUUAUUUUGAAUAUAUUCUUUAUUUCAAUGAAAUUCUUCUUGGUUUUUUUUCUUUCGUGCCAGAAAGAGGGGAAAAGAAGUCGUUUUUGAAACAAUCAAAGAAAAGUAAACAACGCAUGAGACAAGAUAUUUAAAAUUACGUAAUGAACUUGAUUCCCUAUACAAACAAUUUAGUAAAAAUGAUGAAAAAAGUAAUGUUGAAGCAACUGGUGAUCCAUUAUUUGUAGGUGAAAUGAUUGUUAAAAUUAUUGAUAAGAGUAUUGGAAGUAAAAUAAAAGCUUAUAUAGAUAUGAAUAAACAACGCUUAAAAAUAUUCAUUUCUUCUUUUUUUUGUCUGUCAAACUUAUUAUUUUGUUGAUUAGUUUUUAGAAUAAAAAAUAUUUAAGUAAAUCUCUUUUUAUUAUUCAAUUAGGACCCUUUUAUUAGACUGUCUACUACAAUUAUAUUUAAUGCGUACCUGAGUCAUCUUAUAUGAUAUAUUAAAAAAAUAUUUUUUAUUUAUUGAUCGUCUUGUGCUAAUAAAUAAGGGGUUUACAGAUUGAAAUGACGGUUAUGAUAGUCAUGUUUACUUCUGAUAGAAGGAACAAAAACAAAUUUUUCUCCACAGAGAGAAGAUUCUCCUCAAAAAAUAGCAUAAUCAUGAGUCAUCAAAUACAUAACAGCGAAAAAUCAAUUGCUUGGUUUUUUCCUAGUAGUUGUGUAAUAUACGAUAUAUAUAUAUAUAUAGGGCUGUUUACAUUUAUAAAGAAGAAAAGUUUGAUAUCGAAACACUCGCAACGAUUAAAAAACUAUUCAUUAUUGUUGUAAGUAUUUGUAUAUGAAUCUUUUUUGAUAAAUGAUGCGUAUCUUCCUUUCCUUUUCAAUCAAUUUAAAAGGUAGUUUUAUCCAUUAUUUUCAAAUCAUAUCUCCUUAGAAAGACAUUGCUGAACAAUGUUUUACCCAUUAUUGUAUAGAAUGCUUUAUAUUUGAAAAUAACAGCUCAACAGUUUUUGUAAACCCAAAUGAAAGUGUACGAAUCUGUUCCUGCCGGAAAGUCACUAGAAUCGGUCGGCGAAAUCAUUGACCGAGCAACGCAAGAAGAAAAUCAAAAUUGAAUAAAAAAAAACCGCUAGAAGAUUAGCUCUUUAAGCUAUGAGCUUAGUUCGCUAAUGGAAUUUCUCUACCGUGCACGUAGGACAGAGAAACAAAAUAUUUUUAAUUUUUAUGUUUAGAAACACAAAAGAUGGGCAACCAACCA